GGAACUCUUUGAACUUUUGGACGAAGAGAAACUGAAAAAUGUCCCAUUAUUGGUUUAUGCUAAUAAACAGGAUUUGGUGACAGCAGCUAGAGCAAAUGAAAUAGCGGAGGGUUUACAGCUGUUAUCAAUCCGUGACCGAUCUUGGCAGAUUCAAGCAUGUUCUGCUGUUACUGGUGAAGGUAUCAAGGACGGAAUGGAUUGGAUUUCGAAAAACUUACGACAACAACAGAAAAAGUUGAAAUAGCCAACAGUAUUUAGGAAUUCUAUGAAAUCUCGAAUUUUAGUCUGAUCAAAAAUGAGAAAAAGCUAAUAAUGCAUUGAAUUGCCAAAUGAUUUUAUUGUUGUAAGUGAGAUCGCUACUGAAUUUGGAACAUUUUUGGUCAAAACACAGGUCAGAAGAAUACUAUCUGAA